UCCGCGUGCGCGUUCGGUGAGGUGCGGUCGCGGCCCCGGACGUGCUGUCCCCGCGCGGCCGCCGUAGCGCGCGCGCUCCACCCGCCAUGGCGGCGCCCGAGCUGCCACCGCCCCCCGAGGGCCCGAAGGCGCUGGGCGCGCUCCUUGCCGCGGUCGCGCAGGUCGCGUUCCCCGGCAGCGCCGAGGGGCCGCCGCGGGGGCAGCCCCGGCACGAAGCGCCGCCGGACGCGCUGCGAGACAAGAUGGGAGCCCUCUUGCAGUCAAUUGCUUCAGCGGACAUGGAUUCAAAUCAGCUGGAGGCUUUUCUAACCGCCCAAACCAAAAAACAAGGUGGCAUCACGUCAGAUCAAGCUGCAGUCAUAGCAAAAUUUUGGAAGAAGAACCGAACAAAGAUCCAUGAGAGCCUGAUCAGUCAAAGUCGUUGGGAUAAUGUUUUGAAAAACAUGAACUGGCGAGUGGAUCUGAAGUCGCAGUCAAGGCACAUUGAUCAGAUUAACACUCCUGUUGCAAUAGUUGAAAUGGAAAUUGGCAAAAGUGGGCAGGAAUCGGAGUUUCUCUGUCUGGAGUUUGAUGAGACCAAGGUGAGCCAGAUGCUGAAGAAACUCUCGGAAAUAGAAGAGAGCAUGACAUUGUUGACGCAGAGCACUUAACCAAAUAAAAAGAUCUCAACACAGAAAACAAUUGACCCUUGGUACUUUUUCAUAAUUCCUGUUUCUGCACAUAAAAUGGAUAAUGGUUGUUUAAAUCCCAGUUAUAACUGCACAACUGCAUUUACAACUAGGUGUGGGCUAUGUCACACUGUAAAGCUUUCUCAGUCCCCUCCCCCAGGCCUGUUCUCGAAGGUGCCGGCAGUGCUGUUCUCAUAAAGCUUUGCACAAUCGGGCUUUCAAGUGCAGCGUAGCUUUUUGGUUUUCCCCUCAAUCAAUUUUUGAGUCUUCCAGAUGCUGUAAAUACAGCGCUGGAUGAACAACAAAGGUAGAUUGACCAGUUGUGGCAGGGGAGAAAUGAGCAGAAGAAACAGGCAAACUAGGAGAGACUCAUCCUUUCAAACCAUGGGCUAUGUAAGACAAAUCCACCCGCGCGCACACUGCCUGCUUAGAGCUUAAAGCCCAGGAGAGUAGAUGAAGUGCAGUGAGUUCAGGGAGCAGAGACACAAAGAUACGUUUCUGUAACCACAAGCCUCCGUGCUGCUGAGGGUUAAAUAAACAGUUCCCAAGGAUGUGAGGUGGCCAACCUUGCUGGCCCCUUGGGCCACACCUUCCCCACACCACAGGUAGCCAGGGGACAAUAAGGAGUAUCUCUUGGGUGGUGGGAGGUGAUUCUGGUUUCACAAAAGGAGCAACCCUUCAGGGUGUGCUGAGUGCCUGAUCCAGCAAUGUGCUGGUGAGCCUUUAACACCACUCUGAUCUGCUUCCCUGAAGACUGUCCACCCUUAUCAUCUUUCCCGCUCUUGAUCUGUGGUGGGGCAGCCCUGGAGAGUGGUGUAGAAAAGGUGGUGCAGAGAGGGUGGUGCUUUGUCAGGGCACAGUUUAACUUGGCUCCUCUUAGUCCUGUUUGUCAUGAGGUUUGCCUUGACCUCAAAAAGCCCCAGAUUAAAUCCAGGAUUUCUAGUGUGCAGCAUGGAAUUUGGCUAAAGGGAAAACACCCCUGACAACCUGGCAGGUUAAAGCCCUAUCGGUAAAACAGUUGUGUGAAGAAAGCUUCCAGAGGUAGAUAAGGUGCAUACAGGGCACCAUGAUCUGAGCUGCCCAGGUUGCUGUGGCUCUGAGCUGUCGCAAACACCCACAUUUCCCUACCAUAAUGCCAAACUGCGCAGCAACUGCCACCCUUCCGGCUAAAGAGGACGGAGCAGAAAUGUUUUCAGUUUCAGAUAUUUCUGUUCAGGGGUGCAGCCUUGUCACAGCAGGAUGUGUAACCACACUUACCAGCAGGAGGACGUGGAGGGGCUGUUCUGAGCAGGCUAACACUUGUAUAGAGCAUGAUGGUCCCUGCUGGAGAAGUGCGUGGUAGUCUGUAAAAUGGUGGAGAUGACACCGUUUCACUGGUUUGCUUUGUUAUUUAACAGGAAGGCAUGCGCAUACUUUUGGUUGGAGGCUGCAUUGAUUCUUUGGAUUUUAUUUUAGCUUCAUGAGCAACCUCCUCCUGAGCUAAAAUUGUAUUGAGUGCUUGUACCAAGAUAGGGAUGACAACAUAAAAAGGUUCCUGUGCCAUAACUAAAGUACUUCUCAUUGUUUCUCCUUGUGAAUUUAUUGCUUGUGGAUUUGCCAGAUGGUACUUGGAAGCAAAUUCUCUCUUCAGAGCAAGGAAGGGCACCUUUCCCCAUCUGCCUGGUCAGAAGGGAAAGCAUCACUCAAGCCAAUUUGUAUCACUCCAUUGGGAAUUAAUGUUUCUUUUCCUUUGCCUCUCCCACUGCUGCCUCGUCUCCUACCUGGUUCUCCCCUCUGUCUCGUGGAGGAAUUGCACAGCCCACAGCUUCUUGCUUUCUCCAUUUGCCUCCAGCUGCUAUUUGUCAGAGUGGAACUGGACUGUAACCACCAACUCAUCCUCAUGUCUGGGUAACUGGCUGCCAGGGCGGGUGUGAAAUGCUGAGUGGUUGCUGAUUCUCUGAGCUUUCCACUUGUUUUUUCAUCAAAGUUCAUUAAAAUGUUUUUCUGUGUUCUAGAGCGUGUCUAAAAAAAGAUAAAAUCAAGGUCAGAGAAGUAUCAUGAUCUUAAGUAACUUGCACCGUGUCAAACAUACUUAUUGUCUUAUUUUAACGUGGUCAGAGGAUAGGAAAAUGUGCUAUAAAUGGAAAUUAAAGAGAAACAAACUGGGAACAGAUGUCAGGAAGUAUUAUUUCAUGCAAAGAAUAAUAAAUAUGUGAAAAGGCCAACCAGGCGAGGAGACUGAGGCAAAAAAUAUCCGGGUCAUCUAAGAAAUAAUUGUAUACUUUCCUAGUAGAAGUGAGAAGUUAAAAGGGGUCACGUUUUAAUGGGUGGCCACUUCUUAUUCUUUCCUUCCCUGAAUAUCUAAUGAUCCCGAUUUUAUUCUUGGUGGAUGUUUGCAAAUUACUGUCUAAAACUGGGUAAAAAAAAAAAAAAAGCUCAGUGUUUUGGAGACCGCACUCUGCCCAGACCUUGGUAAGGGCACAGGAUUUUCACUGGGCAGCAAAAUCGUUCCUGCUUCACAAGGUUUGACAUGGGCAGGGAAAGAGGAUGCUGCACCUCCCCAGACUGCUGUAAUGCCCAGAUGCUACUGGGGCAUGGAGAACAGAUUUUCCCCCUUGGGCAGAACUGUGCCUUCCUAUCAGGGUGGUUUAUGUGGGUGUCCAUCCAUCUGUCCCUCACUAUGGACUUUUCAACCUGUUGGUCACUCUUGGCUGAACUUGGUGGAGGAGAAGAGGCCUCUGAUGCUGCUCUGCUUUGCUUCCUUGAAUGAAGGAUAAAAGCACCCAUGGCUUCUGGCUGGGAUUCACGAGUGUUAGUAGCUAUCAAUGGUCCUGCUGAAAAUCUGUGGUGGUGGCGGCAAAUGGAAGCUGCUGUUUACGUGCUUCGGGAGAGAUUUCAAAUUCUUUCUACAAAGCCCAGAUGUGGAUCCUGCUGGGGCCACGCAUGGAUGACAGCUGUGUGGAUCUGUCCAAGCAGGCAUCCCAGCACAGCCCUGUUGGCUGCAAGGGCCUCAUCCUGUUUUGAGGACCACUGCUGGCUGCAUGGCACCAGCUCCUGUGCCCGUGUGCUGAGCCAUGCCAGCAGUAUGACACCAGAGCCAUCCUGCUCUUCUUCUUUCGGGGAGCAGCCACAGGGCUGCGUGCCCUGAGCUCCUGGCCCAGCCUGCUGGGCAUUUUGUAGAUAUACAGCAGGGACCUGAGCAACUCAGCACAGCCAGAGGAGGAAAAUGAGGGAGAUAGGGAAGCAGUGGGAGGAAGGGGUGAAGGAGGGCCCCUGCAUGAGUCCCACCUGUGAAAGGUUUCCCUUUCUGGUCCUUGAAAGCAGACAGGGAGGGAGCUAGAACACAAUGCCUGCCAUGCUCCAAUAUCCUUAACCUCAGGAAAUCCCCUCCUACCUGUCCCUGCAGGAAUACCUACCCUGCCAUCUGCCAAAUAUCCAUCCUUCCUGGUUUACUAACAACUAAAAACCACUUAUGAGUGGUGUGCUGCCAGGCUGGAAGAGGUUUGGUUUCGAUCAAAGCCUGGAUAUUUAAACUAACAUGCAACGUGUUGGGAGAGGCAAGACAGGGAGUGGCACUGGGCAGCACCAGCAGUUGCCUCUGGUCCUACUUUUGCUGGUGCUUUCCUGGGUGACAGCUCAUGAAAUCCAGUGGUGGAUUUGCCCUGUCGCAAGCACGGGCAGCCACUACAGGUCUGGCACCAUGUAUGUGAUGACUUCAGAUGCACAACUCCAGAUGUGCAGCCCAUCCCAAUCGCUGCUGUUUCUCACCAAAGACUUGUAAGCAGCAGCCAUGUGUUGCUGCAACAUUCAGCUGAUUCUUCCUCAGAUGUCACCUUUUGCAUUGGUAAAAUGUCCUGCAAUUUAUUCCUGCAAUCACUUCUUGUUUUCUGGGAAUUCCUCCAAGUUGCCGCUCAUUUAUGAUCUGGUGGUCCCUUAAAUAUCUGCAAGUGCUGUCACCUUCAAUCAGGCAUUACACAAUUGGCAAGCCCUGUGCUCACUCUCUGCUUGGCAAAAAGAUUCCUCUUAGCACAAUUUUCUUUUUUUCUUGGUCUUCAUAUUCCCAGAAGUGCUGAUUUUUUGCAGUAUUUUUCUAGGCAUAUCUGUAUUUUUAAAAAUAGUAAUUUGGACACACCAUGUUUUUCCUAAUGCAAGCCAAGCAAGCAGUGUAUUUCAUAAAGCUUUGGGCCAUGGAAAGCAGCAGAUGACGAGGCAUACGUGUUUUAUAUUGGUGUUGAUUUACUGUCCCAUUGUUUAGGUUGCUUGGUUUCAUUUUGUUUUACAUUUCUUUUUUUAUUUCUUUCUUGCAGGUCUGUUUUCUCAGUAUAAAUGUCAGAGUUAAUGUUUGUGCUUCUGUUAACGUUUCAUAGGAGGUUUUUUGCUGGAGUCGAUGACCUCUACACUUUAUUGUGCUUUAAAUUUUUGAUAAACCAGUUGAUAUUUUGAGAUAUUUUUUUUUUACUGUAUGCCAAUUCUUCAUUAUCUAUUGAUAAAAUAAAUUACCAUAUUU